AUGCCAUCAUCACAUAACAAAGAUAAGCCAUGGGAUACUCCCGAUAUAGAUAAGUGGGCUAUUGAAGAAUUCAAACCGGAAGAUAAUGCAAGUGGACUACAUUUUGCCGAGGAAUCGUCAUUCAUGACGUUAUUCCCCAAGUAUCGUGAACAGUAUCUUCGAAGCAUAUGGAGCGAUGUCACCAAAUCGCUCGACAAACACCACAUACGAUGUGAAUUAGAUCUCGUUGAAGGGUCAAUGACAGUAAAAACAACCACAAAGACGUUUGAUCCUGCCAUGAUUCUUAAAGCUCGUGACUUGAUAAAAUUGUUGGCUAGAUCAGUUCCUUUCCCACAAGCGGUCAAGAUUUUGCAGGAUGAUGUUGCUUGUGAUGUGAUCAAGAUUGGAAAUUUUGUCACUAACAAAGACCGGUUCAUCAAGAGAAGACAACGGUUAGUGGGUCCUAAUGGAAACACAUUGAAGGCGUUGGAAUUGUUGACUAAAUGUUAUAUAUUAGUACAGGGAAACACUGUUAGUGCAAUGGGCCCAUACAAGGGUUUGAAAGAAGUCAGAAGAGUAGUUGAGGAUUGCAUGAAGAAUAUCCAUCCAAUUUAUUAUAUUAAGGAGUUGAUGAUUAAACAAGAGUUGCAAAAGAAUCCAGAAUUGGCUCAUGAAGAUUGGUCAAGGUUUUUGCCUAGUUUCAAAAAGAGAAACGUUGCCAGAAAGAAGAAGAUUAGUGGUAAAAAGGGUGAUUCCGAAAAGAAGGUUUACACACCAUUCCCACCUGCUCAACAACCACGUAAGGUUGAUUUGCAAAUUGAGAGUGGUGAGUAUUUCCUUGGUAAGCGUGAACGGGAAUUGAAGAAGUUGCAGGAAAAGAGAAGCAAACAGGAGGAGAAUAGUGAAUUGAAGAGACAAGAAAGAGCAAAGGAGUAUGUUGCACCAGAAGAAGAGAGUUAUGUGAAUAAAUUGGUGACAAAAGAGAAGAAGGAGAAGAAGGAGAAGAAGGAGAAGGAAAAGAAGGAAAAGAAGGAAAAGAAGGAAAAGAAGGAAAAGAAGGAAAAGAGGAAAUCUAGUGAAGAAUCAAAUGAUGAAGAAGUAAAUCAUAAGAAGCAUAAGAAAGAUUGA